GACAGAAACCACUCCGACCUACGCUGAGGAGAAAAAACAGCUCACCAUGGCCUCUGGAAACACCAUGAUGGACCCCAUCUGCCUGGUGGAAAAUCAGAAUAAUCAGCUGACAGUAAAUCCAACAGCACUGGAGAUUCUAGACAAGAUCUCUCAGCCUGUGGUGGUGGUGGCCAUCGCAGGUCUGUAUCGGACAGGAAAAUCCUACCUGAUGAACCGCCUGGCAGGACAGAACCAUGGAUUCUGUCUGGGCUCCACAGUGCGGUCUGAAACCAAGGGCAUCUGGAUGUGGUGUGUACCCCACCCUUCCAAGCCCAACCACACUCUGGUCCUUCUGGACACUGAGGGCCUGGGUGAUGUGGAAAAGGGCGACUCAAAAAACGACUCAUGGGUCUUUGCCCUGGCUGUGCUUCUGAGCAGCAUGUUUGUCUACAACAGCAUGAGCACCAUCAACCACCAGGCCCUGGAGCAGCUGCACUAUGUGACUGAACUAACAAAGCUAAUCAGGACAAAGUCGUCUCCCAGCUCUGGUGAAGUAGAUGACUCAGCCGAGUUUGCAAGUUUCUUUCCAGACUUUGUUUGGGCCGUACGGGAUUUCACGCUGGAGCUGGAGUUAGAUGGACGCACCAUCAGUGAAGAUGAGUACCUGGAGAAUGCCUUGAAGUUGGUUCCAGGGGAGGAUCCCAAAAUCCAGCAAGCCAACAUCCCUAGAAAGUAUAUCAGGAAGUUCUUUCCAAAGCGAAAGUGCUUUACCUUUGACCGGCCUACAACUGACAAAAAAUUAUUACACCGUAUGGAUGGGGUAUCAGAAAACCAACUAGAGUGCAGUUUCCAGGACCAAUCCAAAAAUUUCUGUAACUACAUCUUCACAGAAGCAAAAACCAAGACUCUCAGAGAGGGAAUCAUUGUCACUGGAAAUCGGCUAGGGAUUCUGGGAAAGGCCUAUGUGGAUGCCAUCAAUGGUGGAGCAGUGCCUUGUUUGGAAAAUGCAGUGACAACUCUGGCUGAGCGUGAAAACUCAGCAGCCAUGCAGAAGGCAGCUGACCACUACAGUGAGCAGAUGGCCCAGAGAGUGAACUUCCCCACAGACACGCUGCAGGAGCUGCUGGACCUGCAUGCAGUUUGUGAGAAGGAAGCCCUUGAGAUCUUCAUGGAGUGCUCCAUUAUGGAUGAAAAGCAGGGGUUCCAGGAAAAACUUAUGGGCAUCAUAGAGAAAAAGAAGGAGUAUUUCUUGCUGCAGAAUGAAGAUGCAUCUGGAAAAUAUUGCCGGGCUCAGCUUAAGCAGCUUUCAGAAUCCCUGAUGGAAAGUAUUUCAAGAGGAAUGUUCUCUGUGCCUAAUGGAUACAAGCUCUACUUAGAAGCAAUAGAAAAACUUGAACAGUCCUAUAACAUGGUGCCCAGGAAAGGAGUGAAGGCAAUGGAGGUCCUCCAGAACUUCAAGCAGUUACAGGCUGCAACAAAGGAAUCCAUCCUGCAGGCUGACAAGGCCCUCACUGCUGGGGAGAAGGCUCUAGCAGCUGAGCAGGCCAAGACAGAGGCAGUGGAAAGGGAACAGGAGCUUCUAAGGCAAACACUGAAUGAAACACAGCAAAAAAUGGAGGCUCAAGAGAGAAGCUUCAAGAAAAACAUAGCCCUACUGAAGGACAAAAUGAAGAUAGAAAAAGAAAAUGAACAGAAAAACCGGGAAAAAAUGGCGGAGUACAUGAAGAGUGUUGAAGAGUUAUUGAGGAAACACCAGGAGGAAGAGAUGCAACAUGAGAUUGAAGUGCAACGUAUAAAGGCUGAAUCUGAAGCAACUACAAGAAAAAUAUUGGAGGAAGUACAAAAGAAGAAUGAACAGAAGUGGGAAGAGAGAGAAAAGAAUUAUCAGGAACAUGUGAAAAGACUUGAGGAGGUGGAGAAGGUAAGUGCAGAGGAAGCGUGGAAUGCAAAACAUAAACUUCAGAUAUCUGAUCGGGAAAUUGAGCGGCUUCUCGAAAUGAACAAGAAACUUGAAAAUGAGUUACAGUCCAAGGGGUCAUGUAACAUAUCCUAAAAAUCCCAGGAUCAUAAUUUCCUAACUGGCUCCCUCCACUCCCCACCCCCCAGAGGGAACAACUUGAAUGAGCAACCUCUGAACGUCAAAACAGUUGCCUCUCAACUAAAAUUAGAAGCAUGAUGUUUG